AUGCAACAAACAGAAAUUCCAAUAUUUCAGUAUCAAAAGGUCAAUAAGCCAUUUCUAAAUUAAGAAGGUGAAGAAUUUGAUUACAUAAUGGAGGACAGGAUAAACAUUAAUUAUAAGUGUUGCAAAUUCUCAUUUACAAUAUGUUCUAUCUUUUAAACAAUAUUUAGUACUUAUUUUUGUUAUUUUUUAGCCCUCGCAUUAUUGGUGUUUAUGAUUAAUACAUUUUUGUUAGUAAUACUAAAAUGA